AGAUUUUAUCUUGUAACUCUGGUCGGAGGCGGCUUCCAAGUUCUUGUUUUGUUCCUCAACCAGCCUCAAUCCUCUCCAUAUUCAGGUUUUCAAUUCUAGUUGUUCCCUAGCGAAGAGGAAGAGGAGAUUGAGGGAGGGAUAUGUGUCCCCUGAGAGUGCUGUUGAUCUUUCUGUCGGCCACUUUGGCUGGUUUCUUUGUGCUCAGAAACCUCAAGGCCCAGCCGGAGCUCGUCGAGGCGCGCCAGGAAGAAGAAGACUCUUCUGAAGAGCAAGUCUCCCUUUCCACCAAGGUUCGAUCAACGAUCGGUGAUGGGUUCUGGACCUGCGUCGACAUGGCGAGUGGGAGGUACUUGUGGAGGAUCCUGAUGGCCCCUUCUUCUGCCACCAAAGAGAAAACAUGCUGAAUUGCUGAUGUAUGCGAAGGAGCUUCUUAUUGCCCAUCUUGUUUUCCUGUCUUUGUUAGAAAAGGGGAAGAUUAAUAAUUGUUGAUACUUCAUGCAUGGAGAUCCUGCAUGCAGAAAGAAGCAACAUUGCAAGACUGAUCUGAUAAGGAAAUUUGGAAAGCUACAAGCUUUGGUGCAUGUUUAUACGCCUAAUUUGUUUCUUGUAUCUUAACAGCCUGAAUGAAUGAUAGAUUCUUGACUUUUUUCA